AUGUCCUGGGAGGGGGAUUUCUCCUCCUCGGAGGAAGAAAUUGAUGGCACAUCGAUCAAGGAAGACUCGACAGCAGGAUGCUUCCUGCGUGGUGGGUUGUCAGAGGACGACGAAGAUGAUGAUGAUGAAGAGACCAAAGGUGGCAACGGCGGCGGAGACGAUGGUAGCAGCGACGACGACAACAACGACGAUGACAACGACAUUGGUGUAGCCCCUCCGGUCAAGUGCUACAAGCAAGAGGAUGGUCCGAAGCCCAAGAACGAUGAUGGCUCCACUUUCAAGUUCUCACCGAUUGCUCCCGUAGUCGUCUUUGGCAAGAACGCACCUCCCUUAUCAAAGAUUAAGGCGAAGAAGAUGAUUGUUAGGAAGAUUCGGAAGGAGGCCGGACCAUCUUCUUUCAAUCAAGAAGCUCCCAACGUCAACCAGGCUGAUAUCAUGGAUAUUUCCACCAUGGAAGAGCAAGCGCGUCAAGAAAACCCAACUCUAGAGGCUCCAGAGAAUCCUAUGACGACAGUCGACACCUUGGACAACCUCCAAGAUCCGAUCCUGGAAACUCCAGAGAAUCUUGCAAUGAUAUAUAGUUGA